AGUUGUUGUGCAUGGCCUGACAGAGACAGAGAAAAGCAGCUGAGAGGAGGAAGGAAAUAAAAGGUCUCCCUCACACUCUACCUUAAAGGUGUAUCCCUCAAGUGAUGUCUCAAGUAGCUCAGAGAACUAAAUGGCCAGUGGUCAUCAUUUUCAGUUGGGUUUCUCUUUGUGUAUCCAUGCCAUUAUUGAAUGAGCGGAACUUACUAAUUGAAAAGGAGAAUGCCAGUCGUGUAGGUGGAAACCUUGUGCUAACAGAACUUGAAGAAGUUGCCAAUGAGAAGCUCAUGCAUCUCAAAAAGAAGGAAGUAGCUGAAGCUAUGAAAACAGGACUGUUUCCACCCAGCAUGCAUUUCUUCAAAGCCAAACACCUCAUUGAUCAAAGUAAUGUUUUCAGCAUCUUACAAAAGAUGCCCAAAGGUGGUGUUUUACACUUGCAUGACUAUGCUAUACUGAGUGUUGACUGGCUAGUGUACAAUGCCAGCUACCUGCCGGACUGUUACAUCUGCUUCACCCGUUUAUGGUAUGUCCGCUUCAAGUUCUCCAGUCCUCUUCCUCCCAAGGAUCUGCCUCCUGAUUGCUCUGAAUGGGUGCUGUUAGAGACCUACCGCAAUAACCUGGAGGAUAGAACCAGAUUUGAUAAGAGUUUGUUGAGGAACCUCACUCUAGUAACAGAUACUCCAGAGGUGACCUACCCUUCUCAGACUUUCAUCUGGAAGAGAUUUGAAAAUGCUUUCAUCGCUGCUUCUGGCCUUAUCGGCUAUGCACCUGUGUUCAAGGCCUAUUUCUACCAGGGGCUGUUGGAACUCUAUGAAGAUAACGUACAAUAUGCUGAGAUAAGGGCAAUGCUGCCACCGGUAUAUGAGUUGGAUGGUACCAUGCAUGACAAAUCCUGGUCUAUGGCAGUUUAUCAAAGCACAACCCAAGAGUUUGUAAAGGACCACCCAGACUUUGUUAGUGCAAAGAUUAUAUACACAGCACACAGACAUGAGAAUGCCCCCCAGAUUGAAGAAGCUGUCCGUGCAGCUAUGGCACUCAGAGCAGAGUUCCCAGAAACUAUGGCAGGCUUUGAUUUGGUUGGCUGGGAAGAUGGAGGAAAAGCCCUCUGGGAGCUAAAGGAUGCCUUGACCCUUCCGAAAACUCUGGGAAAGAAAUUGCCAUAUUUCUUUCAUGCCGGUGAGACAAACUGGGAAGGCACCUCUGUAGAUAGAAAUUUGUUGGAUGCUCUGCUGUUGAACACCAGCAGGAUUGGCCAUGGAUUUGCCAUCACCAAGCACCCAGAAGCUAAGAAAUUGGCUUUGAAGAUGGAUAUUCCUAUAGAAGUCUGCCCUAUUUCUAACCAGGUCCUGAUGUUAGUAUCAGAUCUCAGGAACCAUCCUGCUGCAGUCCUGAUGGCAGAGGGUCACCGCAUCGUGGUUGCCUCUGAUGAUCCAUCCAUCUUUGGAGUAAAGGGUUUGUCAUAUGACCUCUAUGAGAUGUUCAUGGGCAUUGGAGGGAUGAGUGCUGAUCUGAGGACUUUGAAACAACUAGCACUAAACUCUCUAAAAUACAGCAGUAUGGGACCUGGUCAAAAGGAAAAUGCCCUGAAGAUCUGGCAAGAAAAGUGGGACAAGUUCAUAGCUUCAGUCUCUGCAGCAAGCUAGACAUAGAGGCACAAAAGACUUCUUCGCUUUAACCAUGAUACUCUGAUCAAGAUGAUAGCUAAUGUCAAUAUAAAGUUGUUUUGUCUCUUGUACAUUUCAAUACCUGAGCAAAGUGCCCUUUUAAUUAUGCUGCAAAUGCUCCAAAUCAAUGACUUAUCAAAAUGUGCUUCUUAAAGGUGGAACUAGGUGUGCUUCAAUUCCAUCAGCUAUUGCUGUCCUGAACCCUUCUUAUCAUCCCUAUAUGUUUAGCACAAAUUACCGUAGGCCUUUUAGCCCUACCUAGCCACUGCCUCUGUAAUAUUUCAUCAUAAAAUGUGCCUUAGGAGCUUGAAGAAGCCCCUUCUCCUCAAUCUAGAAAGGUCGUAUUCUAGUUUUACCAUGCAACUACAGGAAAAGGUGUAACUGGGCUACUUCCUUUGGAAUCCUGAAAUUCUCAGGUUUUAUUUUAAAUGACAAGUUUCUAACCCACAUGAUAACUUCUGGCAGCCCAAACUUAUAUAAGACUAGCGGGACCCGGCCACGCGUUGCUGUGGCCCAGUCAGGGCCCCUGUACCCCAGUGGAGGACGGUAGGAUACUCCUCCCUCUGUUGUCCCCGGGGAGUGUUGGCCCAUCCCUUCUGUAUCUCCAUACCUUGGCCCCCAUCCUUGGAAAUGGAACUGAGUCAUGUAUUAUAGUCAUUGGCCAGUAGAUGGCGCUAUGUUGAGUUCCUUAAAAUUAGCUUUUACCAGCCUCAGGUGUGACAUCUGUCUAAGCAAACUGUAUAAGAUCCUUCGCAUAUUUGCAUGUGAUGUUGUGUCGAAAUUUCAACACAAUCGGUCAAGCGGUUUCGGUGAAAAGUGGAGACAUGCAAACAUGGUCGGUUUACAUAUAUAUAUAUAUAUAUAUAUAUAUAUAUAUAUAUAUAUAUGCACAAACCCACUGAAAUCAAUGGCCUUAAUAAGUAUACCAUAGGAUUGAGCUAUGGAAUCUCAAAUACCUUGGCAGAACUUCCAGUACAGGAAUAAGGAACAUUGCCCUUUUCCAUGACUAGUAGAAAGGUAACAGAUUAUGCAAACUAUUCCUUUAAUAUGCAUUGUUUAUCAGUUGCAGAAUUCACCCCCCUCCCCUCUGGAUAGGAUGCUAAUUUGAAACAAACAAAUAAACAUCCUUGUUAAUUGUAAGCUAGCCAAUUAAAAAUAUCUUAAUCAGUUAAUCUAUGACUUGUAUUUAAUUAAUUGAUUUAAGUCUGCUUAUAUUUGCACAUGAAUAAAAUACCCA